AUGGAAAAGGAAGGUCUGGCAUGGUGCCUCGAAAAGCUGGAACAUUAUGGCGUUACCGUGCGGUCCCUAACAACAGACCGCUACCCAGCCAUCCGGACUUACUGCUGCAUAAAAAAGCCUGGCAUGCCACGUUACUUCGAUGUCUGGCACAUAAAUAAAGGAGUGAAAAAGAAGCUCAAAGUGGCAGCCAAAAGUAAAGGAUGCGAGUCCAUAAAGCCCUGGAUUCAGAGCAUCACAAAUCAUCUGUAUUGGGUAGCUGCAAUGGGCCAGGGUGAUGAAGAGCUGACACUGAGCAUGUGGAGGAGCUCAGUGAAUCUCCUCGGCAACAUUCACCAUGGGCAUGAAAGCCCCUAUACAGAAUGUCUCCACGGACCACUUGAAGACAGAGACUGGAUGUCAAGAGACUCGCAGGCCUUCAAAAAAUUGCGGGGCAUCCUGGAGAACCGUAGGCUUUUCGCUGACCUUCGCCACUUGUCUCCCAGAGCCCAAAUGUCAUCGCUGGAGUCCUUUAACAACAUCCUCAUCCGGUUUGCUCCGAAAUCGGUGGCAUAUUCUGAAGACGGAAUGCAAGCACGGACACAGCUGGCUGUACUCCAUUUUAAUGAAAAUGCCUCAAGGGAGCAAGCGAGAACACAAGGAGGACAAAAAAGGUGGAAAGUGAAAAUGUCGAAGGCAAGGAAGGGUCACUUCGCUGCUUUUCCAGUCAAAACAGCACCCACCUUUGCCUAUGUCCUACUCCUCCUCCAGGAUGUCACUGAACACUGCAAUGUCUCAGUGAGACAAAGUAUUCGCCAACAAAGCAGCUCACAAGGCCAUCACAUGACUGAUGCUUAUGUCGACAGGUCUUCAAAAGAAGAGCUCCUGAUGACCCAACGGCACCGAUAUCGAACACAAAACUAGCUGUUUUUUUUUCAAGAAAGUCGUUUGCUUGUCCAGUAACUACAACAUAUUGUGAAAGUGUAAGUGGUUUGGUGGUAUGAAUACAAAAUGACAUUCUUUGUAAGGGAAGUGUAAUGCAUACAGGAUCAAGCACAGACUCAGCAUCCAAGUGAGCUGCUCAGCCAGCUUAGGUUUCUAAGCCAAUACGAUAAUUGGGCAGGUGGGGGGAUGUUUUUAAAAAUGUAAGAAGAACAAAUUUGUGGUACUACUACUAAUAAUAAAAACUGGCAGCGUGUCUGCGUGCUUCGCUGCAAAUGUCGUCUA